GUUUUACCAAGUCCGCCACAGCGCCAGAGGUAUCUUCGAGAAGGUCAAGUGAGUGCCUACCGCACAGCUUUAGAGGAGUGGCAGAAAAAGGCGGAAGCGUAUAUGAAGAACGAAAAGGACAAGCAAAGCCGAAACUACGCUGGUAUUAAGGGUUGAAGCAUUUCAUUUUUACAUGCCCUCCUCCCUUGGCAUUGGUAUCCAGAAAUGACAUGUUUCAACCUUCAUCGGUAUUUCCGUCGUGAAGCGGUUGUUAGCAACCGUCUUGCGUGCUUUCCCAGGUCGUGACAGCCAAGGCCGUGCAAAGAACACUUACGUUUUUUAUGGAUGAUGUUUUUUCUCCCAUUUUUUUAAUAGACCAUCUAGGCUGCUGCAUCUUGAUCUUUCCCACUUUAAACUGUACAAGUAGGUUAAGCAGGAGGGCCUCGAACUCGAUGGUCUCUCUAGACGGAAUAGACGCCAUUCAUAUUUUUUCCCGGGUUUUCGUACCACGUCCGGAUGAAAAAUUGAUGCGACAAGGAACCAGUGGACAGGGAGACACUGAGAAGGCGUUCCAGAUGGUCGAGGAGG